AACAAAAUGGUGCUUUGCGGGCCCGCGGAAAUUCAGAGUUUAAAAGCACUAACAAAAUUUGUGGUAAUAGCCAGGCCUCGCCGGGCAGUUGAGCGAACUGAGGGCAGUCAGCGUCGAGAGGUCGACGGCCCCUGGAGAAUGUGGCGUCCCUCUGAGGCACUGCGGGGCUUCACCCAGAUGAACGACCUGCAGGCGCGCCUCAGGCCCUGCGGCCUGGUGGUGCUCUGCUUCCCGUGCAACCAGUCCGGACACCAGGAGAACGCCAAGAACGAAGAGAUCCUGCACUUCCUCAAAUAUGUCCGGCCCGGUGGUGGGUUCAAGCCCAACGUCACGCUCUUCGGGAAGUGUGAGGUGAACCGGAUCAAAGCGCACCCGCUCUUCUGCAGAAUCGCCGCGUCGCCUGCAGGAAGCAGCUGUGCGCGCGGCGUGCAAGACCGCGCUGCGCGAGGCCCCGCCCCCUGGCCCCCGCGGCCGGAAGUGUCGGGUAGCGCGCGCACUGUGGGUUUCCGGUCCACUUCAAGGGUGGCUUUGCUGCCCCUUGUCUGUGUGGUUUUGCCCUGUUUCUUGGCUGGGUGA